GACGAGCCGUGCUGCGGCGACGACUUUUCUCAAGGGAGCCGGUGUGCCUGUCGAUGCUGGAGUAGAGGACGACGACGCCGACAACAGCAACGUUAUCAGUGAUUGAGCGCUAGAGAACAUCCACCGCUCGCUAGCUCCAUGGACGACUUCUUUUUCAGCGAAAAAGAGGCGGAAGGAUGCUUUGACGGCGACAUGAGUCCUUCCGACUUGGAGAAACUCGAAGUCGAAGAAGACAUGCCAGAGGUUCCGCGGGCCGACCUACUCUUACGAACCGGGCUCAAGCAGCAAAAGCUCAGCGUUCUUGUGUCUCUGCCCAAGGUCCUCGCCGCCACCAAUUCCAAAGAAAACCUCGUCACAAUUCUCGAUGCCAUCAAACACGUGUGGAAGAAAGGGGAGGCCGAGAACGACGUGGAUAUCAUCAACGAAGUGUUUACGUGCCUUCAAAACCUUGCCAGCAUCACAUGCGACGGCAAAAUCAUCACAUACCCCAUGACCAGUCUCUUUGAAGAGUUCGACGCGAUGAUGCGGCAGUACCACGAGGAAAAGAUCACCGCCGUCUUCUUGUUGACCGACGACCAAGUGACCAAGCAGUUGCUGCCGCUGGUGCUCGAAUUCGUGCACGAGUUGCAGGUCAAGGACCAUGCCGAAGUCGCGAGUCAUUGUGUGGCCGCCAUGAUUCCCCGGCUGUCUGGAUCGCUGAAAAAGACUCAAAUCAUUCGCAUUGGCAUUGAAAAGGGCGACGUCUCCCAAGGCGCGGGGUCGCGCCUCAUUUGCUGCCUCAUUUUGGGGGUGCUCACCGCAUCGACGCUCUUGUCCGAGCAAGACAUCGACGGGCUGUUCUUUCAAAAGAUGAUGGCACUGUGUCAAGACACGGACGCUGAAGUUCGAAGGUGCAUGUGCAUGCAGCUGGAUGCCCUCGCUCGUGCCGUUGGGCAACUCAAAGCCAGCUCCGCGUUGCUUCCCGAGUUGCUCGAGUUGCUUCAAGAUGAAGAAGAACAAGUCAAAGUGAUGGCUUUUCAGACGUUGCUGUCGUUGUACGACUACUUCCCCCCGCGGGACCGCCGCGACGUGAUCCUCCCCGUGGUCGCCGAGAUCCUCGAGCACCCGCCGAGUUAUUUAAUAUCGCCACUUGCGCGUUUGUUUGGCCGCCUCGCGUUCAAGCUGUUCACCCUGGGGGACUUUACCUCCGAUCACAUCGCCACGUUCCAAGCGUGCUACACCGCCCUGAGCCGAAGCGACAGCCCCGACGUCCGACUCGACUGCGCGCGCAACUUGCCCGCCGUUGUCCAAGCUUUCGGACCUGCCCAGUACUCGCCCCACCUUGACGACCUCCUCCAAGCGUUUACCCAAGACACAUCCGAACCCAUUCGUCGCAGUGUCGUGUCGGGGCUCCAUGAAGUCGCGGCGCUUCUCGGUCCCCAGCGCGCUCAACGAUACCUCAAGGCCACAUCCUUGGCCGUAUUCAAAGAUGAAUCACCCACUGUCCAAGGGCACCUCAUCGCGUGCCUUCCGUCGUUUGUCCCCACCAUUUGCACAGGUGUCGACGACGACACCAAGAAUACGUACAUUGACGCUAUGCUCAAAGCCAUCUUGCAUCACCACACGAUCCUCGCGGCGGGGAGGUGGCGGGAGCAGAUGGCAGUGUUGGACGCGCUUCGUCACUUUCCCACGUUUGUCUCGUCCACGCAACUGUUUGAACGCGUGUGUCCGUUGUUGUUUGAGCUCAUGAACGCAGGAGCCCGACCGGUGCAAGUAGAAGCCGCCCGCGUGCUUGUGGCCGUGAACCGAGACAAUAAAAUCACAGCGAAUCGGGUCAAUGUGCUCUUGCGAUUGCGCAAAGAGUAUGCGCUGGGCAAAAACUUUUGGCAGCGGACGCUGUACUUGGACGCGUGCAAUUUUGCGUGCGACUGCUACAGCCACCAGUACUUUCGAACCAACUACCUUGAUCCGGCCAUCGAUUUGUUGGAGGACCCUGUGCCCAAUGUGCGGCUGAAAGCAUUCGCGCUGCUGCCCAAGUGGAAACCCGUGCUGCACGUGUUGAAUGCCGGGGAUGACAAAACGAUUGGCCGCAUCCGCAGCUUGCUGGACGGAUCCCACGAACCCGACCGCGACGUGCUCGUGGCCAUCCAUGACGUUCGGGAAGCCUGGUUUCACGACAAAGACGACAAGUCCAUACAAGAGAUGGCGCUGGACGCCAAGAAGGCGGCGGCAGAAGAAGCCGCGAGCAUGAACGGGGACCACGACAUGUACUCGUCCGAAGCCAAGUGGAGCGAAAUGCUCGAGUACACGCUGAUUGUGGGCAAGGACGGCCAAGUCGUGCGACGGGCGCGGGUGAAAUCCAUUGACAUUGUCAACAAACUCCGCCAACAAACCAAGGAUAUGACGACUACACGUGGCAACACGACAGGAGGUGGCGCCAACCUCCGCGCCACGACCACGGCUGCCCUCGCCAAAGCCGCCGCGUCGUCGGACAAACCCACCACCAAGUUGCCCAUCACGACAACCCCCAUGAAACAACAGCCCAUGCCCCUGUCCACCCUACCCACAUGCACGCCGGGGUUUUCCCAGUUCAAUUCGUCCGUGGCAGCGAAAAUGCCCAGCGCUAGCGGCUCGUUGUCGGCGCGGGAUGGCAAAGGCAGCAACGCCGCCACCAGCGCUACGUCGCUCAAGCAACUUGCUGACGCCAAGGCUGCCAUCCGGCUCAAUCCGGCCAAGGCGGCGGUGGCCCCCGGCAGCACCAGUGGAGGACGAUCUACAAAGAAAGAUGAGACGUCAUUGACAAAGAUCCCAAACAUCCCAGUGCCAACGCGACCUGCUGCGGCGCCGCCUGCAAAGCGCGUCCAGAGCCCGUCCACGACGAAAUCGACCACAUUGAAUUCGAGCUCUCGCACGGCAUCAACAGGAUCAAGUUCGGCCUCGUCCGUGUCGGCAGUUAACUCCAAGGUCACACCACUGGCCAAGCGCUGACCAGUACACGAGUCGUAGUAACUAGGGUAGACGAUAACGAACCACACAUCAUCGCAUUCCUUUCUGC